AUGGCGGCUAAAUUGUUAACUGAUGUACACGGAUCGGGCCCGGUUGAUUGUUCGGAUUCGUCGGGAAUAGCAGCGAAAUGGGAGCGCUGGCUUCGCGCAUUUGAACUAUUCGCCGAAGGAAAAGGGAUCACAAAUCAUGGGCAAAAGAAAAAUCUGUUGCUUCACACAUCCGGAAUGAGCGUGCAGGACAUUUUCUUUACCAUACCGGAGGAAACGGAGGGAACGAAUGUUUUCGUAAAAGCGAUAAGUGCGUUAUACAAGCAUUUUAAACCGCAGGCUAAUGUUCCAUACGAGAGAAUG